AUGGGUAGUUCUAUGACUCAGUUAGAGAAUUUUUCUCUGUUUGAUGAUAUCUGUACUCUGCUUUUUGUUGAAAAAAUACAUUAUUGGUCUGAGAUACACAAGGUUCGUAAACUUGUGAGUCGCUCUAUUGAACGGAUAAAUACGCAGCUUCUUCUUGGUAUAGUCAUCCGAAAUGUGAUAGAAAAGAACGAUUUGGAAGGUGGUGUUGAGGAAGUGUCAAAGCUGCGGGAACUGCAGCCUACAUUUCAAAGAUGGUCGGAGUCAUCUAACAAUGCUUUCCUAAGGCAUGUUCGAUUGUAUUUAUCUCUCUACCUUCCGUCAUGUAAGUUUGAAAUCUGUUCUACCAAUAGAUAUUUUACUUCCACAAAACAUGAGGCGUGCGUAAUUGCCCGAGAACCUAUACCGGCAGGUGAUGAUAUAUUAGAUCUGUCAGGGACUAUUAUAAAAUUAACCCCAAGAGAAGAACGGACUUUAGGUGCUGAAAAAGAUUUUAGUAUUUUGCAUUCGAGUAGGUUAGGUUCAAUGUGUCUAUUUUUGGGGCCUGCUCGCUUUGUAAAUCAUGAUUGUGAUGCCAAUUGCCGAUUCAAUACUUCAGGUAGAAGAAUUUGGCUGAAGUCCGUUAAACCGAUUCUACCAGGACAGGAAAUUACUACUUUUUAUUCAUCAAACUACUUCGGUGAUAAUAACUGUGAAUGUCUUUGUUUUACUUGUGAAAAAAAAUGUAUUAAUGGUUACAGAAGAUUCUUUAACAAUUAUUCCGAAUUAUCUAAAUCAUUAAGCCUAAAGAAUGUGUCUGCUCAACAAAGUCAUCAAAGGGAAAUACUUCCUUUUUCCAUAUCUCAACAAGACAGACGUUUUCUUGAUGAUUGGGAUACCGGUAGUGAUUUAAGUAGUGCUUCAGACUCAGAUUUGGACGAUGAAUUUUCUCUUUAUAUCCCACGGCAUAAAAGAAGAGUAUGGUCUCGUGAACGGAAAAUCUCGGAGACAGCUUUCUUAGAAGAAGCCAUGAAAUCGAAACGGAAAAAAGACUUUGAUAAGUUUCAAAAAGAACUUAAAAGGAGAAGACUGUGUGGUAAAGUUGAGUAUGCUUGCUCAGAUUGUCAAGGACUCUUCAAUGAAUCAUCCACUCAGGCUCCAGAUACAAGGUGUCAAAAAUGUUCACGUCACUUUUAUCUUUAUAAACUUCCCUGGCCAUCGCGGAAUAAAUCUGAAAACCAAGAGGUUAAACCUGUCCGAAACCCGGUCAAAGAAAUUGCUCAAAAACAACACACCAUGUCGCUGCGACGAAAAAAGCCUAUAAAUUAUACCAGUUAG